GGUAAUGCCGUGUGUAAGACAGCCAUAGAGAUACUUAUGGAGAUGGGUCUAUAUGACCAGCUCAUCAAGGACAAGAAGGCUCAUGUUGUAAGUACUGGGUAAUGCCGUGUGUAAGACAGCUAUAGAGAUACUUAUGGAGAUGGGUCUAUAUGACCAGUUCAUCAAGGACAACAAGGCUCAUGUUGUAAGUACUGGGUAAUGCCGUGUGUAAGACAGCCAUAGAGAUACUUAUGGAGAUGGGUCUAUAUGACCAGCUCAUCAAGGACAACAAGGCUCAUGUUGUAAGUACUGGGUAAUGCCGUGUGUAAGACAGCCAUAGAGAUACUUAUGGAGAUGGGUCUAUAUGACCAGCUCAUCAAGGACAACAAGGCUCAUGUUGUAAGUACUGGGUAAUGCCGUGUGUAAGACAGCUAUAGAGAUACUUAUGGAGAUGGGUCUAUAUGACCAGCUCAUCAAGGACAACAAGGCUCAUGUUGUAAGUACUGGGUAAUGCCGUGUGUAAGACAGCCAUAGAGAUACUUAUGGAGAUGGGUCUAUAUGACCAGCUCAUCAAGGACAACAAGGCUCAUGUUGUAAGUACUGGGUAAUGCCGUGUGUAAGACAGCCAUAGAGAUACUUAUGGAGAUGGGUCUAUAUGACCAGCUCAUCAAGGACAACAAGGCUCAUGUUGUAAGUACUGGGUAAUGCCGUGUGUAAGACAGCCAUAGAGAUACUUAUGGAGAUGGGUCUAUAUGACCAGCUCAUCAAGGACAACAAGGCUCAUGUUGUAAGUACUGGGUAAUGCCGUGUGUAAGACAGCCAUAGAGAUACUUAUGGAGAUGGGUCUAUAUGACCAGCUCAUCAAGGACAACAAGGCUCAUGUUGUAAGUACUGGGUAAUGCCGUGUGUAAGACAGCCAUAGAGAUACUUAUGGAGAUGGGUCUAUAUGACCAGCUCAUCAAGGACAACAAGGCUCAUGUUGUAAGUACUGGGUAAUGCCGUGUGUAAGACAGCCAUAGAGAUACUUAUGGAGAUGGGUCUAUAUGACCAGCUCAUCAAGGACAACAAGGCUCAUGUUGUAAGUACUGGGUAAUGCCGUGUGUAAGACAGCCAUAGAGAUACUUAUGGAGAUGGGUCUAUAUGACCAGCUCAUCAAGGACAACAAGGCUCAUGUUGUAAGUACUGGGUAAUGCCGUGUGUAAGACAGCCAUAGAGAUACUUAUGGAGAUGGGUCUAUAUGACCAGCUCAUCAAGGACAACAAGGCUCAUGUUGUAAGUACUGGGUAAUGCCGUGUGUAAGACAGCCAUAGAGAUACUUAUGGAGAUGGGUCUAUAUGACCAGCUCAUCAAGGACAACAAGGCUCAUGUUGUAAGUACUGGGUAAUGCCGUGUGUAAGACAGCCAUAGAGAUACUUAUGGAGAUGGGUCUAUAUGACCAGCUCAUCAAGGACAACAAGGCUCAUGUUGUAAGUACUGGGUAAUGCCGUGUGUAAGACAGCUAUAGAGAUACUUAUGGAGAUGGGUCUAUAUGACCAGCUCAUCAAGGACAACAAGGCUCAUGUUGUAAGUACUGGGUAAUGCCGUGUGUAAGACAGCCAUAGAGAUACUUAUGGAGAUGGGUCUAUAUGACCAGCUCAUCAAGGACAACAAGGCUCAUGUUGUAAGUACUGGGUAAUGCCGUGUGUAAGACAGCCAUAGAGAUACUUAUGGAGAUGGGUCUAUAUGACCAGCUCAUCAAGGACAACAAGGCUCAUGUUGCAGACAGUGGAGGGCUGUGUAGCCCUGGGGGCCUGAGUUACAUUGGACGUAGUAAGGAAGGUCUAGGAGACAUACCUGCUGCCAUUGCCUGUAAACGAAUACACCUGGAUGAGGCUAUCGCCAAGGCAGCUAGAAGGAUAGGAGCAGACCUAAGGGAAGAAUGGCCUGUGGCUGAUGCUAAAUUUGACAAGGAAGCUGGACUGUGGACAAUUUAUCAAGGAAGCAGCUCAGUCACAUUUAAAUCAAGGGUUUUAGUCUGUGCAGACGGUGCCCCUUCUCGCCUCGGGACACAGCUGGGUCUCAUCACGAGGCCCCCGGACAGUAACUGUUCACGUGCCUAUGUGGAGGGAGGUACUCACAAGUUCAAAGCUGACGGUGUUGUUUUCUACAACAAAGGAAUGCUUCCAGGUUAUUCUGCAUUGUUCCGUCACCCUAAUGAUGUCCUGAAUUACUGCGUGUACAUCAUACCUGGGAACCCCAAGGUCACUCCUGAUGACCUUUCUUAUUGGCAUGACAACCUGAUGAAGAAUGACCCGAACAUCAGCAGGGCACUGGGAGAUAACUUUAAGAUUGAGAGGAUGAAAGCUGCCAGCCUGAGACUUGGAGGGGAGAAGGUGACAUACAGUGACCAUGUCCUCAUUGUGGGUGACGCUGCUGGCAUGAUUGAUCCAAUGACAGGGGAGGGAAUUCACCAUGCAAUGGAGGGCGGUAAAAUAGCUGCCAUGUUUUUAGAUGAAACUUUGAAUAAUGGCAGCUUUGGCAAGGAAGUAAUGAAGAUUUAUCAUCACAAGUGGAUGAACAAGUUUGGUUUUGACUUUCGGUGGUCCAUGGCGUUCUGUCAGCUGACAUACCGCUUCCCCAUACUGUUGGAUGCAGCCACAGCAGCUGUGAUGCGUAAGGGAGAUAAGUUCCUGUUGAAGUGGACAGACAUCAUGACAGGUCGAGCACCAAAGAUUCAUAUGCUGAAGCCUGAAUUUACUCUCACUAUAACCUUUGAACUCAUUCGGCUCUGUGUCCUUAGAUUGUUUGGGAAGUCUAUUGGAAAUCAGAAGAAAUCAGAGUAAAACAUUCCAGGGAUAUUCUUGUAUAAUUUUAUAUAUUUAUUAUUUUGUUUGCUGUGAAAUUAACCGGAUCUCCAAUUCAUUCCCAUAGUAUAUACUUUUCAGGGAAACAAACUUUAGUUAAGUUUGUUUCAUGGAAAGCUUAUCAAAUGGGAACAAGUUUGUGACUCUUUUUAUCAUAUACACAUCCAUAGACAGGAAAAAAUCAAAGGAAAACAUCAACAGUUUUGUCUUUGCCAUGACUUUUUGAUGGCUUCAUUUUAUUCUAUGUGAUGUCCCUUUUGGUGAUGUUAUUAGUAUUACAUAUCAGGAAUGUUUGGGCUGGUUUUAUUACAUAUCGUCCGUAACGUAAGAUCAUUAUAGAUCCAGAGGCAGAGUAAUGUUAGGCUCAGGUAGGCAUGUACCUGGUACCCGUUCAUAAUUGUGUCCACUGUGCUUAUUUUUGCCCUCUGUGGUCUGAGUUUGGUCACAGGUGGAGACAGACUUAUAAGUUCUGUCAAGUUGUUGAUCAUUUAUAUAUAUUUGUUGACCUCCAAUUUUACUCAGUACCCUGAGAUCUAUCAUAGUGUGACAUUUAAGUAGUAUCUGUGCCAUCCUUAAAGUGCUAUACAGUUUGAUGAUACUCAUAAUGUUAUGACAUUUAUUUCCAGUAUUUAUUAUUAUUUUUAUUAACAUCCAUCAAAAUGGAGAGUGUUGAGAUCUGUUAAGAUUCCAUUCAAACAAGUGCCAAAUUAGGAGAUUCAGAAAAAUUACAUAUAUUAGAUUUUCCAUACAUUUGAUGAAUUACCAUGAACAAUUACAAUCAGCAUGCAUGUACAGUGUAUAUAGUUGCUUUCUUAUGAAUGAUACAUCAAUUUGCAAAAUGUGGAAAAGAUAACAUACCAUAUGUCUUUUUGCAUCAAAAUAUUGUAACAUUACACUAAAUGUCUCAAUGAUGUUGAUUUAUUAUGCUCAAUGAUAGAUUCUAUGCAAUGUAGUUUCAGAUUGACAAACACUGUAUACACAAAUGUACUGAUUUAUUUAUGAAUCUAUUGAUAGCAACAUUUAAUAUUUUUUCCAUAAUAUUGAGUUGAAUUUUACUUUACAUGUUCAAUGUAUAAUGCUAUUUUCAAUUUAAAUUGUAAAAUUAAUAUUUAACAUAAUUGCAUGAUUUUGUCAUAUUGUACAAAUAAUUAUUAAUUAAAAAACGAAUCCAAUCUAUCAGUUUUUUGAUAUCCUACAUACCUCAUGUGUGUCCCUCAAUUACUUAUUAUCAAGUUUUGUUGUCCUUCAAUGUCGUAAUAUCAUUAUUACUAACUCAAGUGUAGUGUGAUGCCUCAAUUCCUUUAUAAUUUUUUCAUAGCUCAUGUUUAGUUCCUCAUUUCUGCAAUGGCUUAUACAAUUAUAUAAUUACCUUUUAUAGUUAAAGUAAAGUCCCUCAAUCUAACUUCCUGUCUACCUCAAGUGUAGUCCCCGAAUUCUUCAAUAUCUUAUAAUUACCUUUUUAAGUUCAGUUAAGUCCUUUAAUCUAAUUUCCUACCUAUCUCGAAUGCAUUCCCUCAAUUCUAUAAAACCACUUUUUUCAUAGCUCAAGUAUAGUCCAUAAAAUCUGUAAUAUCUUACUUUUUUUAGUUCAAGUAUAUAGUCCCUUAAUCUAAUUCCCUACCUACUUCCAGAGUAGUCCUACAAUUCUAUAAAAUCCGAUUUUUCAUAGCUCAAGUAUAGUCCCUCAAUUCUGUAAUAUCUUACAUUUUAUAGUUCAAGUAUAGUCCCUCAAUUCUGUAAUAUCUUACCUUUUAUAGUUCAGUUAUAUAGACCCUCAAAGUAAUGUCCUACCUAUCUCGAUUGUAGUUCCUCAAUUCUAUAAAAUCUCAUCUUUCACAGACCCUCAAUUGGCUCAAAUUUAGUCCCUCAUUUCUGCUAUUUCUUAAAAAUUUCAUAAAUUCAGAUUACCCCUAAUUCUGUAAUAAUUUACCUUUCAUAGGACCAGUUUAGUCCUCUAUUUUUGUAGUAUGCUACCUGCGUUACCUACUGUAAUGCUGUUAAUGCGUUAACACCCUACCUUUUAUAGCGCAAGUAUAAUUCCCAAAUUCUAUAAUAUUUACCGUACCAUCUAUUCCGUCUUUGCGUAUUGCAGAGUUAUCCUCUCUUGAG